AUGGGUGACUCUGGACCUGCGAGAACGAAUGUGAUCAUGCUUCCAGCGUGUCAGUUUUUUGCUGACUUGGGCUACGGAUUCGGUUUGACGAGCUACACCAUCACGUCCCAUCCGGACAAGAGAGGACUCAUGAGAGGAAUUUGGUCAAGAAUUUCAGCCCAAGAAAUCUUGAAAGAGAAGAUAUCCAUGCGUGAGACUGAAAGCCGGCAUUUCUGCGAAGAAGAAUCUGCUUGCUUAAGAAAGUUGGAGCACCCGAAUGUCCUCGGCUGUUUGGCUCCGCUUGAGGCUCUUCUCACUAGCCCGCACUUCCUCCAGCACUACACAACUCUCAAGACCCUCGUAUAUGAAAGACUCAAUUCUGCUGAUCCAUUCCCAUCCAGUGAUGUAGAUAAAGUGGCAAGAGACUUGGCAUUUGCUUUGGAGUAUCUCCACAAUGAAGUCAGUUAUCUCCACGGGGAUGUGCAAUCAGGAAAUGUGAUCGUCCAAGGAAACUUUGAAAGAGUGGUGCUUGCUGAUUUCAGGGUUGCCUUGAAGCUUGAUGAUGAUCUAACUGCUCCUGUCGCCCAUUACCAUGGCGAGUUGCUGAACCUGCCGCCAACCAAAGCCUGGUGCCCAAAAGAAGUUUUGAAGAAGAGAGAAGUUAAAGUGUGUCACAAAGCUGAGAUGUAUGCCUAUGGACUUACCUUAUAUGAAAUGUUGGCUCUUGAGUUCCCUCACUUGGAUGCGGCGCUG